ACGGGGGGGGGGCAGCAAUGGCGGCUAUGACUACUAGAGGAAGGAGCCCGAAGAGCCUGAAACUCCAGUCGUAGCGGCUCCGCGGGGGGACCAGUCUCCGGCUGAACACCGACCCUAGCCCCGCAGCGGCCCCGGGGGAACCAGCCCUGCAGCGCCUGGAGGCGGUUGCCGGUGACAACGUGGAGGCGGACGCGCCUCCGACCUGCUAGUGCCCGGUAGCCUUUAGCGCGGCUCCCGCCCCGAACUAGUCCGUAAAGUGACCUAAACUGUGCGGGGAGCGGCCCCCAGCAGCCCCCCGGGGGAGAGCAUGGAGAGCCUCACGCUGAGCGACGUGGAGCAGAAGUAUUACUCCGAGCUGUUCGUGUACUGCGACACGGACAACACCAAGAAAGUGGCGUCCAACGGGAGGGUGCUGGAGCUGUUCCGGGCGGCCCAGCUGCCCAGCGAGACGGUGCUGCAGAUCACAGAGCUAUGCGGAGCCACUCGGCUGGGUCACUUCGGCCGGAGCCAGUUCUACAUCGCCCUAAAGCUGAUCGCCGUGGCCCAGGCCGGGCUGCCUCUGAGGGUGGAGAGCCUCAACUCGGAUGGUGAACCUUCAAAUCUGGCUUAUUCUAAUGAAACGAAAGAGCACAUCAAGGAUCUGCCACUGCCCAGGUUUGUCGUUGGCAAGAAUGAGGCAGAAGCCAGACACGCUGCCCUGUACCAGGAUGCAGACGGCCAGGGCUUGUACCCGGCCCCCGGCGCUGCAGUUAUACCCCGACCCCCAGGCAGGGGUCUCCCCAACAAGAAAGCCCCCCCCUCUUCCUCGUCACUUCCUGCCCACGAAGUCAUCCAGCAGGCGCCCAGCGUAGAAGCACAGCCGGAGCCGACGUCCCCGGUUGUUUCUCCUCACCAGUCUCCCCCCACCUCUCCUCCCUCCUGGAGGAAACACAAGCGGCAACAUAGCGGAGGAAACGCAGACAGACAACCAGUAGUUCCUGGCACUGGAGCGGUGUGGACACAGUUCAGAGAACCGCAAACGGGUCCAGUGAGCGGUGAUGGCAUGUGGCCGUCCCACUCGCCGCCUCCUGCUGGUCAGGAAAGUUGGGUCAGUUUUACAGCGGACACCCCGCCCUCCAGCACGCUCCCAACGAUGCACCCCUCGUCAGUCCAGGAAAGCACAACGAUACGAACCGUGGCCUCAGCUGCCACAACCAAUGAGAUCCAGCGACAGUCCGGUAGCUAUGACGAUCCCUGGAAAAUCACAGAUGAGCAGAGACAGUAUUACAUCAACCAGUUCAAAACCAUCCAGCCCGACCUCUCUGGCUUCAUACCUGGUUCAGCAGCAAAAGAGUUCUUCACCAAAUCAAAGCUACCGAUUUUAGAGUUGUCACAUAUUUGGGAGCUGUCAGACUUUGAUAAAGACGGAGCCCUGACCCUGGACGAGUUCUGCGCGGCCUUUCACCUGGUCGUGGCCAGGAAGAACGGCUACGACCUCCCCGAGAAGCUGCCGGAGAGCCUGAUGCCAAAACUGAUUGACCUGGACGACUCGGCAGAAGUCCCAGAGACGGCCGCUGAUGUUGUGUACUCGUCAUCGCCGGUGGAGGUCACCCCCAGCAAGUCUCCCUCCAUGCCUUCACUAAACCAGGCGUGGCCAGAGAUGAACCAGAGCAACGAGCAGUGGGAGACGUUUAGCGAGCGCUCCUCCAGCUCACAAACUCUGACCCAAUUUGACUCUAACAUUGCACCAGCUGACCCUGACACAGCCAUUGUUCACCCCGUUCCCAUCCGGAUGACUCCCAGUAAGAUCCACAUGCAGGAGAUGGAGCUGAAGAGGACUGGAAGUGACCAAAAUCACCCAACCAGCCCCCUGCUGGUGAAACCUCCAGACCUGUCUGAAGAGGACAAACUCACCGCGUCCAUGAAGUUUGUAGCUGCCAACGCUGUGGGCGACGGUUACAGCAGUUCAGACUCCUUUACCUCAGACCAGGAGCCGAUCACCCGACAAAGGUCUGAGUCGGGGACGCCUCCAGAGGCCCUGAAGGUGGUGGCUCCACCGCCGCCACCGCCCCGGCCCCACGCCUCCCACUCUCGGUCCUCGUCUCUGGACAUGAACCGCACUUUCGCUGCAACAUCCACCCCAGGACAACCGCAGCCUUCUACAAAUGCUUUCCCUCCUGCAGUGCCUCCUCGACCGCUACCCACACAAACGUCGGCCCCCGUCGCCGGACACCGGGCCGAGGCGGAGGGCGCCCCCGGAGGCGGAGCGGCGCUCACCACCACCUCCCCCCAGCAGAUCCCCCAGCAGCCCAACUUCGCUGACUUUAGCCAUUUCCAGGCCUUCGCUGUCCCCGAGCAGCCGUCCAGCCUGCCAGAGGUGGACAAACACAGCGAGGCGGGACAGCAGGCGGAGAAGACAUCAGAGGGCGCCGCCCCUUUAAGAACAGUCAAAAGUGAUGGUCCAGCAGACGACCGAGCGCCGGCUACAGUCAACUCUGCAAAGGGCUCGUCGGGACCUCUGGCUCCUCCACCAAAACCUGUUCGUCGGCGGUUGAAAUCUGAAGACGAGUUACGACCAGAAGACGAGCAGCCCGGUCCGCAGAAAUCCAGUGUUAUAGCUGCUGUCCUCGCCACGCAGCCCUCCAUCCCCAGGUCAGUCGGAAAGGACAAAAAGGCAAUUCAAGCCUCGAUCAGAAGAAACAAAGAAACAAACACAGUGUUGGCGCGGCUUAACAGUGAACUACAGCAGCAGCUGAAGGACCUGCUUGAAGAGAGGAUAUCCCUAGAAGUCCAGCUGGAGCAGCUCAGACCCUUCUCCCACCUUUAACCAGCGCGUGGAGCAAAGCUCCCACCCUUCCUCCACUCCUCCUCCCGCCCUUCCUCCCAGCUUUCCCCCGGCAGUGCCGUCCUACCGCAGGCCGUUCCGUUAAAACUCUCACGCUCAAUCCCACCGACCGACUGGAAACCAGAAGAACCCGAGAGCACAGUUCUACCAACCAAUGGGAGAAAAUUAGCACGUUUCUGGCACUUUUCAGUUUCUCUCUCUCUCUCUCUCUCUUUCUCUUUCUUUCUCUGUCUCUGUCUCUCUCUUGCUCUCUCUUAAGGGAGGUGAAGGUGAGGAUGACGUUAACUGAGAAACGGUUAGGAGCGCCGGACAAGACGGUCCAAGUUUGUUUGUGAAGACAAACGUCAGACAAAACAUUACUUUCUGAGUGACUGAAGAAGAAAUGUAGAGUGUAUUUUUUGGUUUCUGCGUGACUCCGUGUGUACUUGUAAUCCUGUUCAGUGAUUUUAAUCGGAGGCUAGCGCCAGUGUGUCUGACUGCCACACCAAACUCCUAUUAAAAAUCUGCUCAUUUUAGUCAAACAGUUUGUUUUCUUUCUGUUCAUAAGUGCCUGAAGUACAGAAGUGGACUCACUUUUUAGCUAAGACCAACACAAAGUCUGGAAGUGGAGGAAAACUGUGAGCCUGGUUGUCUGAAUUUGGAAAACUAACACGCAUCUCUAAAUUUCACAAAUGAAUGCGUUUGGUCUGACGUUGAAAAGUUAAACCAGCUACUUGGAGUUUUAGACAGCGCUGAUUGCUAAAACUUCUUUUUAGGGGGAAAAAAGUUGAUUAUUUCCCAAACCUCGGAGGAAUUGGCAAACUAAUACGCAUAGUAUUCAGAACUAGGGGGAAAAAUCAGCAGUUAUCCUCAAAAAUGAUGUUGAAGGUACUAGUUUUUAAAAGUAUUCCAUCACAAACCACAACGAGGGAGUUUGGCUUCUCGGUGAAACACACUGGGCUGCUUCCAGACAGGACUUUAGUGUGUUUAUGUGUUUGUUUGUGAGGCCUUUUAAUGGCUCAAUCAUCACGGUGAAAGCUUUUUUUUCUUUUUCUUUGGACUCAUCCUGUGACAUGAAUUCAGCCCUUCCUCCUACUGCCUCUUUAAGUCUGCAUAUGUAAAUGCACGAGUGCGUGCGGGGUUGGUGGCGCGAUGCAGCGCCUGAAAGUGCUGCGUCUUCUGUUUUUCUUCGUGUUACAGUGUUUGGAGGAUUGACGUGACUGAAUGGUUUAACUCUUAUGCCAAAUGACUGAGUUCUCACUGCUCUUUCACCUCGACUUGAGCUUUUUUUUUUGUUUUUUGUUUUUUUCCUUCCUGCAGGCUGUUCCUGAUAAAGUUUCCAACUUAACUGCAGCUCAACAUUUCAGCUCAGUUUUUAAACUUCUCGCGCUGCAGUUACUGUCCUUCUUUUUAACUUCACCUGUUUUAGGGAAAGCAUCUGAUGGAAACAGAUGGCCACUUGAAGAGUUUUGAGAAUUUCCCGCAGCCUGCACGGCUGCCGAAGGCGGCGUUUAUGAAGUAUCGCGUCGCUGGUCUGGGGGAGAAGUUUUCCUGCGAUUUCUCUUUUUUUUUUUGCGAACACGUGUGCACAGAUCUAAACUGAUGGUGCAGGAAGAGUUAAUGUCUAAAACCAACAAACAAAAUAGCUGUUUUCCAAUCAGGCAAUCAGAAUUAUGCAAGUAGAGGCGACCCAUCUCCACAGACCAACUCUGCAUUGGCUGUUUGUACUAUGAUAGUAGCAACUGUGUGAGCAGUAUCCUUUGGUUUUUGUAUCAUAGAUCUUCCAAAACUUCAUCUACUGUAUGUUUGAGAGUCAUUUUGCCUUGUUUUGUUUUGGUACUGGUGAGUAUCAGUCAGCUCCCCUUCCCUCCUCCUGGCUCCAGAGGGACGUGAGGGGGAGGACGGGGGGGAGGGGGGGUGUCCUGAGAUCUCCAAGAAGUGACCCUUGGUGGAGAUGAAGCCCAACAAUGGAGCAGUCAACAGAAGGGGAGACUUGAAUGACUCACUGCACUUUGAACUGACCCCCCCCCCCCCCCCGCGCCAUCCUCUCACUGUCGUCAUCUCAUCUACUCGCUGUGUUCCGCUGUCUAUUUUUCACCUGCUUUUAUUCUUGUCUUUCACAUGUAUUUAAGAAAAGAUGCUUUAAGAAGAAAAAAACAAACCACUCAAGUUUUCUUUCUUCAGUCAGAAGUGUGUCCUGUUUUUUUUUUUUUUUUUUUUUUUUUUUUUUUGAGUAGCUGUUUCAUCCUUGUGUGUUUUUGAGCAAUCAUCAGACUUCUUCUUCUAAAGCCUUACUUCCCCGACUGCUGUUGAGGUUUCCAGGGAGGCUGACUGACCUCUCUUCUUUGUCGCAUCAAGACUUUUUUUAAUUUUUGAUUUUGAUUUUUUUUUUUUUUUUUUUUUUUUUCCACCUUCUGCUUCUGAGGGCGAUAGUGUACUCGUGUGUAUGUGUGCGUGUGUGUGACGCUGUUUCCAGAACUGGAAGUGAUGCCAUUUAAAACCCAAUUAAACACCUUCAAAUGGGAUUGUUUAAUGUUUGCUAGCACAACAUCUCCCUCCUCACCCCCCUCCCCCCAAAAAAGCAAUCCAAGCAAGCAGAUGCAAUCAGUCAUUGACGAAGACUUUGAUGGGAUUUUGAAUGCUAUUUGCUCCCAGAUGUGUGCUGUAUAUUGUACAAGAUAUACACUUUUGGACUCAUAUGUAAAUUUGCAUUAAUUGCUGACUAACAGCGAAAAGAUUAUUCUAUUUAAUUCCUUCUCUCCUGGCUGUGGGAUCCUAGAUGUUUAACUGCAUGGAUGUACUGUAUCUCUGCAGAGUUAAUUAGCAGCUGUGUGAUUUUUACACAAAAAUAAAAAAGACAGUAUUUUAA